AUGCGAUUUUUCCUCUUGUUAGCCAUCUUUUCGACAACAGCAAUCGUUUACUCGGCAACGUCGGUGGCUGGUGGGAAAAAUGCAGUCGUUUUCAUGACGAAACUUCUCGGCAAGGUCACGCUGGCGAAGUUCUUCACCUGCAAUGAUGCAAUCAUUCAACAAGUGGGUAACGAUCUUGCGACUUGCGCCGCAAAUGGAUCAACAAUCGACCAAACUACAGCUGUUCUCGGCGCCAACACCGACAGCUACAUGAGCACCAUAGCAACGACGAAAUUCCAAUACGUCCAAAAUCUUACCGCUUUCAUAAACUGCGUCCAAAGUUGCAAGGAUUUGUCGUGGACCGACUGGCUAGCGGGCACUGUCGGCGUUGCGCUGAAAAAGAUCGUGAAACCGGCCUUCGUGAAAUGCACAAAAAAUGUGCACAACAUGACAGUAGCCGGUAAAAGUCUCGGGGAGAUCGUUGAGUCGAUCUCAACUUGCGGAACCGCCGCCUGCACCACCGAUCUCGUUUGUAAUGUUGUCAAUGCGACGAUGAAGCGCAGUUGCUCGUGCACAUGGACGACCUGUGUUCGCCCGUUCCUCCAAGCCAACUCGAUGCUCACCCCAAUCGGGGCCUGUGUGAAGACGUUGACAACCCUCUUGCCAAAUUGUCCAUCAAAGAAUGCCACCCAGGCU